CUUGCUAGCCAACGCUUUGAACCUUAGAAACACUUGCCUCUCUUAUUUAAACAUCUGUUUUUCAUUUCUUUUUCUCACCUUCACUUGCUCUUCUCCCUUACUCUGAGACCCGUUUAAGCUGCUGCAACAUUCUUCCAGUUCCUCACUCUCUCUAGCUUCAUUAUUUUAGUCCAACAAUGUCAAGGAACUCCUUCAGUUCGUUUUACGAAAAUACCGCUUAUAAACAUUUUAUUGUCCCAUUUGAUGUUGAAUUGGAUGAUGAAUUACUGAUCAAUACUGAUAAUCUCUUUAUCAGUGAUGAGAUUGGUAGUGGUGGAGCAUCCACCGUCUACAAGGGAUGGUAUGAUGAUGAUGAAGUGGCUAUAAAGUUCAUAAAGAAUUAUAGCAGAAACAAUGAAGAAAAGGAGAAUCUGGAAAACAAUAUAACAAAUGAGAUCAAUAUUAUGUAUCGAAUGAAACAUAAAAAUGUAACCGAGUUGAUUGGUGCCUCUGUGCGUCCAGGAGCUAUCACUAUAGUGAUGGAGCUUUUGAAAAAUGGAUCACUAACCGAUUAUUUUGAUCAUUUAAACGAAAUUGAUGAGCAUCUACAUGUAACAAAAAGUAUAAAGUUUGCUUUGGAUGUUAGUACAGCCAUGGAAUAUUUACAUAAAGGGGGUAUCAUCCACUUGGACUUAAAGUCCGGUAAUAAGCUCUCUUAUUUUCUCCUAUCAUUUGUUGAGGUGGAAGAAUUAAGCCGUUUGGUUCUUUAACUUGUUUGUUCAUCUUGCAAUGACAUUUCUUCCAUGGAUGUCAAACUAAUGCUCUUUUUUUUUUUUUCUAGAUAAUCUUUUUCUCUCGGAUGAUAAAACAACAUUAAAAUUGGCAGAUUUUGGGUUAGCGCAAGACUCUUCUAAAGUGAAUGAAAUAACUGUUGAGGAGGGCACAUACAAAUAUAUGGCUCCUGAGGUAACCAUCUACUCCAUCCAACCUAUUUGAACAUAUUUUUUCAUUGAAAUUCAAGAUUUGUUUCUCGGAAUUUUGAUCAGCUCUUUAAUCGCGAGGGGAAGAAAUACUGCAGUAACAAGUAUGACAUCUAUAGUUUCUCGAUCAUUUUAUGGGAGUUGCUGACAACCAAAAGGGUAUAUGAUGAUGAGGAUAUAUCAUGGGUGAAAAAUUAUGUUUUGAAUGAGGAAGGAAGGCCUAGUCUAGAAUGCAUUCCAAUUCAAGUCAUUCCCCUCUUGGAGAGAUGUUGGGCAACCGAACCUGACAAUCGUCCA